AAAUAUUAAAACUAUUUUUAUUAAAACAAACAAUGUUCAUGUAAAUUAUAUCAGCAACAACUACCUGUCUAUUUAAAUGCACCUCAGAAUCACUCGGUAGAAGUUGGGUAUUAAAAAAAAGUUUAAAUCAAUAACAUGACAAUCGGAUUUAGAACGAUAUCAAGGCUUGUUGUGCCUGCUUUCGGAAAUCUACUUUGCUUAGCUCGAGUUCAACUAAGUACUGUAAAUAUGGCAGUAAAUAAUCCUGAUUAUAAAAAUGCAACGAGCAUCCAUGAAUUUACAGUAAAAAACAUCAAAGGAGAAGACAUUAAACUUGAGGUAUAUAAAGGUCACGUUUGUAUCAUCGUUAAUGUUGCUUCUCAGUGUGGUCUUACUGCGAACAAUUAUAAACAACUCAAUGAACUUUUUGAUCAAUAUGCUGAAAGCAAAGGAUUACGCAUUUUGGCAUUCCCAUGUAACCAGUUUGCUGGUCAAGAACCUGGAAAUUCUGAAGAAAUAGUUUGCUUUGCAAGUGACAGGAAGGUCAAAUUUGAUUUGUUUGAAAAGAUCGAUGUCAAUGGUGAUUCAGCACACCCAUUGUGGAAAUUUUUAAAGAACAAACAAGGAGGUACUUUGGGCAGUUUUAUCAAAUGGAAUUUCACUAAAUUCAUUGUUGACAAAAAUGGAAUCCCUGUUGAAAGACAUGGCCCCAAAACUGAUCCAUUGGACUUGGUAAAGUCGCUUGAAAAAUAUUGGUAAAAGUAAAUGUGGCAUUCUACAAAUUAUUAAUGUUACAAUAACAUUUAUUUAAUUAAUAAGCUUUAUAUAUAUUUAAUAAGCUGUCUGUAUCGUAAUGAAUUAAAUAAAACUUAGUUUUGUUAUAUAUAAUAAACAUUCAAAGUUUAUGCACUUUAUAUUUAUAAUUAAGUUUUUGUUAAAGCAAUAAAUAAUUAAUUCAUA